CGCGUGUUUCCUGACAACAACAGACCGAAGGAACGAGUGAGAAGCUGCUGCUGUGUUUUUCUACUUAUACAAGUUUUCCGUGUUUAACAUAGCGACAACUGCUUACUGUGUGAACGUCACGGGCAUUUCUUCCAAGAAGUGUUGUAUACUAUAAGUACACGUUUUUUUCUCUACGACUCUGCGUUGUUCUGUGGAUUACCUAGCAUGUCAAGCUAGCGAAUCAAAGUCACUAACGUCAAUAACUUUGACAAAAGUGAGUGUCGUCCAUGAAGUCAACCAUGGACAGGUUGAAUUGUUGUUAAUAAGUGAUCGGUGUUUGCUGGACGGCCGUGUGUCCACUAUGAGCGAAGCAGCAGCAGGAGCUGGAGACGGCACAGUCAAUGUACUGGAGGAAAGUAGUGGUGCUACCUGCUCCGAAAACAACAAAUAUGACUCUGCUGUAUGCUCAGGCAGCUCUGAAAUCAAGAGCCGUGCUGUGGUCAAGUACUCUGCUGCCCCUCCUCCUACCAGCUAUGCCUUGCUGCAGGAGAAGACAGACCUGAAGCUGCCUCCUGCCAACUGGCUAAGAGAAAACCCCCAGCUGGGCAGUGCAGGCACAACUAUAUUAGGGUCCAGCAGCAAGAGCAAGCCUUUUUCCAGUUUUGGGAUGGCCUACGACUUCAUUGACUGCAUUGGCGAUGAUGUUGACGUGGUGUCAGACUCAGAGAACAUCAAGAAGCUUUUGAAAAUUCCCUUCAGCAAGUCCCACGUCAGCAUGGCUGUUCACCGGGUCGGGAGGACGCUGCUGUUGGAUGAGCUGGACAUUCAAGAGCUCUUCAUGAAGUCCUCUCAGACAGGAGAUUGGACGUGGCUGAAAGAGUUUUACCAGCGGCUAAUUGAUCAGAAAUGGCAGAGGAAAAAGAAAAGUAAAGAGCACUGGUAUCAGCGAGCAAUCCUCUCAAAAUUCCUCUAUUACAGUAUAAAUGGUAAUGGAGCCGAGGAGGCUGUACCAGACAACUCGAAUGAGGGGGAUGUGAAAAAUGGGGCAGAGGAGUGCAGUUAUUCCUGGCUUGCCUCCUUCAUGAGCACACAGUCAGACGCAGAAGAGUCUGAUGCUCCCAAGGAGGGUUUAAGAAAUGACUUUGUGCGAAACAUCAUGUGGACGUUUGAGGAUAUCCACAUGCUGGUUGGAUCCAACAUGCCUAUUUUCGGAGGUGGUCGCUAUCCUGCUGUCAGUCUAAGACUCAGGGACAACAAUAAACCAAUCAACAUUCUGACAGGUAUCGACUACUGGCUCGACAAUCUAAUGUGCAAUGUCCCAGAACUGGUCAUGUGUUUUCACGUUGAUGGCAUUGUUCAGAAAUAUGAGAUGAUAAAGACUGAAGACAUCCCUCAUUUGGAGAACUCGACAUUCUCUACAAAGGUGGUGAAAGACAUUGCCCAAAAUAUCCUCUCCUUUCUCAAGUCGAACUGCACCAAAGAGGGUCACACCUACUGGCUUUUCAAAGCUAGUGGGAGCGACAUUGUGAAGCUUUAUGAUCUUACUACUCUGUGCGAGGAGGCUGAAGAGGAGAAAUGUCAGAAUCCCUUCACUCUUCCUGUGGCUGUGUUAUUGUACAAAGUGGCAGGCAACUUGAUGCUGAAGGGGAGGCAAAACAGGAAGCACUACGGCACAAUCCGAACACUACUCUUAAACUGCGUCAAGCUCCUGGAUCAGGAGCGGCAUCCCCAGAUCAUUGCCUCAGCCCACUAUAUGCUAUCAGAGCUGUUCCAGCUUGAUCAGGCUCCGGAGGAUUCUAAGGAUGAAGGGGAGUCGCUCCGGGCCGGGGGCUCAGAGGACAGCUACAGCGAUGAAGACAGAGAGGAAGAUGAGGAGGAGGAGGAGCUGACGGAGGACAGGGACGACAACGACUCCUUCAGCAGCUGCUCCAGCCCACAGGACGAUAAUAAAGCUGUGGCAAUUAUCCGCUCUGUCGGGGAGCUGUCGGUCCCGGAGAUAUACAGAUCUACUCACCAGAUCAGACCAAGUGAUACUUUACCCAUUUCUCAAGACAAGGAGGAAAAAUGUAGACACGUCCUGAGCUAUGUACUAAAGGGCCUUAAGGCAGUGGACAGCAGCGUUAAGCAGGAGAGUGAUCUUCCAGCCGCAGACCCUAACACACCAAUCCCCCUCAAGUAUGAGGACAGAGAUGCUAUUGGAGCCUGUGCAUCCGAAAAAGGCAUCUCUCUUCUGCUUGAAAGAGCGGGGCCCAUGCAGGUGGACCAGAAGCAUCCAACACGCUCAGGGAUGAUCCCAGGCUCCUGGCAGCACCACAUGAAGCUACAGCUUUUCCUCAAAGCCUCCAAGGCCUACUAUGUCCUGUCUGAUGCGGCCUCUAAUUUGCUGAAGUAUGGACAAGCUUUGCGUUACAUAAAGCUCUCUCUGCAGUGCUAUGAUGCCUAUUGCUCUGUGAGCAGUGCACCACAGCCACAGGUGCUACACUUUCACAGCCAGUGUCUGUCUCUGUGUGGAGACAUCCAGCUGAUGUUGGCCCAGAACGCCAGCAACAGAGCGGCUUACCUGGAGGAAUACAGCUACCAGACCAAAGAGGACCAGGAGAUCCUUCACAGCCUGCACAGAGAAAGCAGCUGCCAGGCCUUCAACAUGGCAACAGACCUAGCCAUGGACCCCGAGUAUCAGCUGUUUGUUAGCAGUAAGUGCUACGAGGCGGCGUACGAACUGCUGGUCUCCAAGGCGUUGAAAGGUCACGAGUCGGAUCAGCUGGCUCAGGUGCUCAAACGACUGGGAAACAUUCGCAACGAGAUGGGAGUGUACUAUAUGAACCAGGCAGUGGCCAUGCAGGCUGAGAAAGAAGUGAAGAAGUCGGUGUCCGUAGCAGAGCAGGAGUUGUGGAAAAAAAGUUUUGCCUUCUUCGACAAUGGCAUACGGGAUUUUGAAGCCAUUGGGGACAACACCAACACCUCCUUGCUGCUGUGCAACACUGGCAGACUGAUGAGAGUCUGUGCUCAGGCUCACUGUGCAGUCUCUGCCAACCAGAGCAGAGGGGAGUUCUCACCUGAGGAGGCCCUCUACUACAACAAGGCCAUAGACUACUACCAGCGGGCUAUGAGGUCACUGGCGAUACGAGAAAACCACCCAGCAGUGUGGGACCGUGUAAACUGGGAGCUGUCAACUACGUAUUUCACGCUGGGUACACUCCUGCAGGACUACGCCCCUCUGUCCAGGAAAGCCCAGGAGCAGAUUGAACGGGAGGUGACUGAGGUGAUGAUGAAAUCCCUAAAAUACUGUGACCUCCAGACGGAGUCGGCUCGUCAGCCGCUCUAUCAGCACAGAGCUGCUGUCAUUCACCAUCGACUGGCCUCUAUGUACCACAGCUGCUUCCGCAACCAGGUGGGGAAUGAACACUUGAGGAAGCAGCACCGGAGCCUUGCAGAGCUUCACUAUAGCAAGGCUGUAAGUCUAUUCCUCAGCCUCAAAGAUUAUCCCUGUGAACUGCUCGGCACUCUGCUGGAGAGGGUGUCCUUUGCUGAGUUUACUAUGGCAGGUCAGAGCAGCAGUGCAGCUAAGCUGAAGAGCCUGACUGGAGCUCUACAGAUCAUGACAGAAACACACUCUGCUUUCCAGCUGAUUCACAGUAAGCUUCAGAAGGAAGAAGCAGAGUUGGGUGAAUCAGCACAGUCUCCUGAUGUGGCCAGUGCUUCUUCCACCUCAGGCCUGAACCUCCCAGAAGUGAUGAAGUUAAUCGGUGUGUUUGAGCAAAGUUUCUCCUUCCUGCUGCUGCAGCUCCUCAAAAGGAUGGCGAUGACAAAACAGAAGCCAAGCAAUAAGGAUGAGGAGCUGCUGAAAAUGUACAAGGACGUGUACACCAAGCUGCUGCGAGCCGACAAAAACAAACCUCUCCUCAGUCGGGUCAUGCUCUACAUGGAGCUCCUGCAGCAGCUGACCCCACAAACGGGAAGUGAAGACGCAGGUGCACAUUCAUGAUGAAGAAUGAACAUGAACAAUGACGAGGAAAACGCUCAAUACUGUGACCCUGCUCUCUGCACCUUGCUGGACAUCCAAACAAGUGUCUUUGCACAAAACAAAACCCCACAACAAACACCGACAUCUGUAUUAACAGGCACAUCCUCAGGGAACACUGACAAAAAGAAAAUUUCACCUUCUGCGCCUUUAAAGAAAAUCAUCUUUUUCUAACGUGUGCCUCACAGAUUUUCAGUUGUACAAUUUUGUUUGUAAAUUUAAAAUGCGUAAUUUAAUUUUCUGUUUGUUUUUGGCAAUUCUGAGUCUAAUUAAAAGCUCCCCUGUGUAGUGAUUAAUUAUACAAUUGUUGACUUUGUGAUGAGCUCAAAUGUGUGUAUUUCCAGAAAAAAACAUUGUGCAAUAGUUUUAGCAAUAGCUGCCACAAUUGGUCGCUUAGUCACGAUUACGUCAACUAUCAAAUUAGUCGCCGACAAAUUAAAUAAUCGACGUUGGCUUAAGCGGUUCAGUGCUUCAUGGACAGGAUGACUUUAGCUGGACAGCUGGUGGUCGUAUGACCAGUAGGAGUACAGUAGCAGCUGGAGACAAAUAAGUACAAAUAAACCACAUUGCUAUGC